AUGAGAGAGCUCCAUCCCCCCUGGCAGUUGCUGGCCCCCAAUAUGAAGCUGCUCUACCUUGGGGGACUCAUUUUUGCCCUGGACAUUUGGGGUACCUCGGCUUUACUAAACACAAUCAACUUCAUGGAUUGCGGAGGCUUACUCCAAGGACAGCUUUUUCCCUUCUCGCCAGUCUAUGAUGUGAGAGGGCUGCCCUGGACUGUGAACAUUUCUGAGAGAUUGGGACCAGGCUCUGUCAUCCAUGUAUUCUCUUUCAACUGCUCCUGCCCACCCGUCCUGGAGAUAGACAGAGUGGUUCCCUCUAGCACCUUCUUUAACCAGCCUGAUUUAUCUGCAUUUUCAACACAGUAUCUGGCAAAGGUGAGCUUAAGCAGUUCAGCCAGGCUGGAUGCCCGACAGGUGAACCAUUACCAACUCAAUCUGAAACUCUCAUGUAUGAGAGAAAUUCAGAAUUUUCCACUGUCGGUGGAGGUGUUUCGGGCCCACGGACCUCCCGUCUGUCUGGACAGAUUUUCCAGCGCAGCUGGGGACCAUGUGCAGGUCCUGGAGACUGUGAGACCCCGAUCUCUGAUCUACAUGGUACUGCUCCGCAGAGAACUGACCGGUGUCAAGAUGACAAUCAUAAGCCUUCAGGACCCCUUGGAUUUCCCUGGAUCCUUUUCUAUCGAUGAUCAGGGACGGGUGCUGACUCCCAGCCAAAGCCUCAUUGGUAGUGCCUAUAAGAAUUUCUCAAUGAGGAUCCAGGUGACAGAUAGACAAGGCGAGAGCUGCCAGGGGACCCUGACGGUGGAGGUUCUGCCUGAUCCCUCCAGCAAAGUCUCCUUUGGGAUUCAGUUCGAGACCUUCAGCAUCUCUGAAGACCUAGUGGCUGGUGGGACGGUUGGCCAGGUCCGAGCCAAUGGCAGCAGUGUCCGAUAUGCUAUCAUCGAGCCUGUUCCCUGCCCCUUGUACUCCAUCAGCCCUGUGGAUGGAAUGAUCCGGACCACAGCUCCUCUGGAUCUAGGAAGGAACCCCGGGGCCGCAGCCACCAAGUUACAAGUGAAGGCAUACGAUCCAUUUCAGCCCUGGACUAAUGACCUGCUCGGUGUCAUCAUCAAUGUACAGCCCACCAAUAGCUGGGCCCCUCGAUGCACCCCUGCUUUGCUUGUCACCCAAGUCCCAGAGACCUUGCCCGUGGACAGCAUCUUGAUGACUUUGACCUGCUCUGACCCAGACUCCAGCAGCAGCACCUUUCAUUAUCAGCUCUGGCAUCACAAUGAGACCAAGUCAAAUCACAGCUUCCGCCUGCAGGGUCCGGUCCUUCAGGUGAACAAUACACUAGACUAUGACUCAUCUGCACCCAACGUUCAAUACAGGACCACCAUCUUGGUGACCGAUAGCGGCCAGCCCCCCCAAACCACCCAGGUGCCAGUGCUGGUGACAGUGACACCAGUGAAUGAGUAUCCUCCAGUCUGUCCUGCUCACACGUUCCUGGUUAGAGAAGAUGCUCCACCUGGCAAGCUGGUUGGCACUGUCCUUGGCUCAGACCGUGACUAUCCACCCAACAGCAUUGAGUACCACAUUUCAGACUCAUCAUCCAACUUCUACAUUGACCCUCGCAGUGGCAAAAUCCAUCUUCUAGCAUCACUGGACUAUGAAAAACAGAGGAUACAUAUGCUGGUAAUUUUUCUGACUGAUCGAGACCAGGACCAGGAUCCCACACACCACAAGUCAGGCUCCUGUACCAUCACCAUUGAGGUUCAGAAUGUGAAUGACCAUGCCCCAGAAUGUGAGCCCCCAUUCCAAGAGCUCACCAUCUCUUCUGGCCCAAACAUCGGUGCAGAAGUGACAAGACUGACAUGCUCAGACAGGGACGUGCCAGAGCAAGGCCCAGGAGCAUUCUCUUUCAGCAUUGUGGGAGGAAACAGCAACAGGAGGUUCUACAUGAAGGACAACAUUCUAUUACACGACGUCUUUUCCUUCCAGCCUGAUGGGCUCUUGGACCCCUUCACAUAUGAGCUCCUGGUCCGUGUGACUGACAAAGGACCUACCUUUCCUCUCUUCAGUACCACGACCAUUGUCAUUGUUCAUGUGAUUCCCUGGACGACCACUGUGCCCACCACCAGCACCACACCAGAGAUGAUUUCCUCACCCACACCUUUGCUAGUGACUCUCAUUGAAGACUACUGGGCUCCAGAGCCUUGGUUUGUGGUUGUGCUAACGGUGACCGGAAUUCUCCUGUUCACUGUCUUGGGCUGGCUCCUUUGCAGAUGGCCUGGAAGGAUGGCUCAUAACCUGAAAACACCUGGACAAUCCUCCCCGACUCUAUUAUUAAACAGCACUAGGAGAGAUGAAAAUUCUGCUGAUGAGCUGAUAAAGAAGAGUGAUGAAGCCAGAAGCAUCCUAAGUCUGCAGCAGUUUGAUGGCAGAGCCCAGGACCCUGGUAAGUUCUCUACUUCCAGCUCUGUGCCUACUUUCACCUUAGCCUUUGUCUGCAUAAAGUGGUACACUGUCACAAAAGCCAGUUUGGAACAACUGCUAUCAGCCCCAACCUUGACCCUUUAG